UGUCAAUAUAACACCCAGACGUUUAAAUGCUAUGCUAUGGAAAACGUGUGAUCAUGGAUAAAAAUCGAAUGGUCAUAUCGCUAUUUCUCCUUCUGGGCCUUUUUAAAGCAUGCGAUGCCCUGCGAUGUAACUGCACUAUGGCCCAGUGUGAGAAGACAGGGUACCAGUGUGUGACGGAUGGAGCGUGUAUGGCCUCCACAUCCAUCAUCGAGGGGCAGGAGCAACAUGUGCGUAUCUGCAUUCCCAGAGACAAACUGAUGCCCCCUGGGCAGCCUUUCUUCUGCCUGAGCGCUGAGGGACUGCUCAACACACACUGCUGCUACACCGACUACUGCAACAGCAUUGACCUCAAAGUGCCCUCAGUGACGGUACCGCCGGGGGGUCUGAUGGCAGGCUGGGGACCAGUAGAGCUGGCUGCAGUGGUAGCAGGCCCAGUGUUUGUUCUCUGUGUGUUAGUGCUCCUGGGACUGGUCCUCUUCCAGCACCACCAGAGAGCCUAUGGCCACCGCCAGCGCCUCCAGGUGGAGGACCCCAGUACUGAACACCUGUACCUGGCCAAGGAUAAGACCCUUCAGGACCUAAUCUACGACCUGUCCACCUCUGGCUCGGGCUCUGGCCUGCCUCUCUUUGUCCAGAGGACAGUGGCUCGUACCAUUGUGCUGCAGGAGAUCAUUGGUAAGGGGCGUUUUGGGGAGGUGUGGAGAGGGAGGUGGAGGGGAGGGGACGUAGCUGUGAAGAUUUUCUCGUCACGUGAAGAGCGCUCCUGGUUCCGUGAGGCCGAGAUCUACCAAACCAUCAUGCUUCGCCACGAGAACAUUCUGGGUUUUAUUGCCGCCGACAACAAGGAUAACGGCACGUGGACUCAGCUAUGGCUAGUGUCUGAUUACCACGAGCAUGGCUCUCUGUUUGACUAUCUGAACAGAUACUCCGUCACCAUUGAGGGCAUGAUAAAGUUGGCACUAUCAGCUGCUAGUGGCCUGGCACACCUUCACAUGGAGAUACUUGGCACCCAGGGUAAACCAGGUAUUGCUCACCGUGACCUUAAGUCCAAGAACAUUCUGGUGAAGAAGAACCUUACGUGUGCCAUUGCUGACCUCGGACUAGCUGUUCGCCACGAGUCUGCCACUGACACAAUCGACAUUGCCCCAAACCAGCGUGUGGGCACUAAGAGGUACAUGGCCCCAGAGGUGCUGGAUGAGAGUAUUAACAUGCGACAUUUUGACUCCUUUAAAUGUGCGGAUAUCUAUGCUCUGGGCUUGGUGUACUGGGAAAUUGCCCGCCGUUGCAAUGCUGGAGGGAUCCAUGAGGAAUACCAACUUCCCUACUAUGACCUGGUGCCCUCUGAUCCAUCGAUAGAAGAAAUGCGGAAGGUCGUCUGUGACCAGAGGUUACGACCCAACAUACCUAACUGGUGGCAGAGCUACGAGGCUUUGCGUGUGAUGGGGAAGAUCAUGAGAGAAUGCUGGUACGCCAAUGGUGCAGCUAGACUGACAGCACUGCGCAUCAAAAAGACCCUGUCUCAACUCAGCGUGGACGAGGACGUCAAAAUCUGACUUGGAUGGACUUGCUGAAGGAAGACAUAAAUGCUUUAAAGAAAGACAGAACCGUAUACAAACAAACCUUACUUAACUUCUCCAAACUCUCCUGCCAGUUUUUGAAAAAAGCCACCGCCACAGAAUUGUGACAUGGCCUACCUCACCCUCACAGCCAAAACUACUGAUUACUACAAUGCCCACAACCCCACUCCAAACCUCAUCUUUGUCCAGGGAAAAAAAAUAAGCUGAACUCAGUCCCUUCCCCGAGUUCUCCUCUUUCCUAUAACCCCCUCCCGAGCCUUUAAAAAACAAAACAAAACAAAAAAAAGCCACAGGCUGCAAAUUGAUUUGAUACUACUGCCCCCUGCGUGUGACGCACAUUCCUCUCCAGGGCAACAACGUUUUGCCUCACUGUAACAUGUUUAUUUUCAGCUGUUCAUUUUGUUUUUGUUUUUGUUUUUUUACACAGCUUAAAUCAGCCCACUCCAAAGACUCAUCAGACUUCACCCAGUAUACCUAGUAUGAUACUGUGUACACAUGGUUCACCCAGUAUAUUACCAUGUACACAUGUUUUAAGCAUCAGUGUUGCGUUGAAGGUGAGCUGGAAAACAACACACGCUCCCCCCUCUACCCAGUUCUCCUGAGGGUGUUGUCUGCCUGUGGCAGAAAUGACUCGGUUAAGCCAGUUCAGUCGCAGGCACCAAGCUCAUGGUUGCAGCUUUUAGCUCUCCAUAAAAUCAGGAAGCAACUAACAUCUGCUUUAAUGCCGGGAUUAGCACAUAGCAGAUAAACCAGACAAAACAGGAAUAACUCACCAAACAUCUCCAGUUGCUAAGGCAAAAACCUAAAAUGGAGACAGGGCCACGUCCUGGCCAGUGGCUAAAAUGCUUGGGUCUCAGCAUAUAGCAUGAGAAGUGACCAUAUGAAAGUGGCCAUUUUGGGUAACACACCUAUAAACACAUAAGACUUUCAAUAAGUUCGACGGAUCAUCUGUUUUGAUCAGUUUACGUCAGCUACAGUUUCUACUGCAACCACAUUGAAUUGUUUAGAAAACUAGUCUAGUUGCACGCAUGACAUCUGGUGUUUUGUGAGCAUGAA